CAGAUGAGAGCUGUUGGUGAACCGUGGUUGCGCCAUAUUGGCUGCCUUUAAGGGGAGAGGAGUUUCGCCGAGCCGCUUGACGAACCAAACCAGCCUCCAGAAAUGAAGCUCUCCAUAGAAACCUUGUGAGUCGCCACCGCGUGGUUUUUUCGUGUCCCGGUGGGUGAAAGUGUCAAAUUGCAAAGUUGCUCGCACCGCUCGUUCGCCUCUGCGGUGGGAAUCAGAUCCUCGGCAAACUCGCGUCCCAAUGGAUCCCCGGACCGUUUGGAUGCAACCGGAGCAGAAGGGACUGGCCGGUUCCCCGUGGACGCAGAUGUGGGAGACCUCGCGCGCGUUCGGAGCCAACCCCGGCCUGGACAACCAGCCUCACCACCAGCGCAACUUUGCGGUGCAGAAUGCCAACUUGGACUCUUACGGCGAGAGGCGUGCGGCGCCGACACCCGGGACCGUGUUUGGGAAACAGCCGCGGGCGGACGGCGGCGGCGGCGUUGCUGCGACGGGAAGUGUCCGGAGGAAGGGCUCGCUGUCGCCGUCCUCUUCCUCGCUGGACUCGGAGGCCGACAGCUCCUCUCCCCACGGCUCCGCGCUUCAGAUUGACAGCCUGAGCGCGGCGGACGAGGCCGAGCAGCUCUCGCACUACGGCGAGCGGAAGGUGAACGAGAACAGCCUCAGACAGCCCCCUCACGCGCUCCAGCAACACUGUCGCAGCAUGCAACAGCCCGGCGGCCACACCCCCACCGGCAUGAAAAACCUGCAAGGGAGCAAGCAGCACCACUAUCAAUCACACCAGACCGGCCGCAGGAGGCAGCUGAACCGGGCCAACACUUUCCACGGCUUCAACCCGCUCCUCCACUGCGGCUUCAAUGGCCACUCCGUGGACUCUUCCUACAGCCUGUGGAAAACCAGGCGCUACAGCCCGGGCGUUAAUGGUUUACAUGAGGAAAUAAUGGAUUUCUUCAGCUUCAUGUCACCAAGACCUGAGGAGGAGGCCAUGAGAAGGGAUGUGGUGAACAGAAUAGAAAGUGUCAUCAAGGAAUUGUGGCCCACAGCCCGGGUGGAAAUCUUCGGCAGCUUCAGCACAGGGCUAUAUCUUCCUACAAGUGACAUUGAUCUUGUGGUGUCUGGGAAGUGGGACCAUCCACCACUGCAGGAUCUCGAGCAAGCCCUGAAAAAACACAACGUGGCCGGCAAUUAUCCCAUCAAAGUCCUUGACAAAGCUACGGUUCCAAUUAUUAAACUCACUGAUCAUGAGACCAAGGUGAAAGUGGACAUCAGCUUUAAUGUGGAGUAUGCAGUGAAAGCAGCACAGUUCAUCAAAAGCUACCUUAAGAAAUACACCGUUCUUCCGCCCCUGAUCUUCGUUCUGAAGCAGUUUCUUUUGCAGAGGGAUCUAAAUGAAGUCUUUACUGGAGGCAUCAGCUCAUAUAGCCUUAUACUAAUGGCUAUCAGCUUCUUGCAGUUACACCCUCGAAUUGACACGCGGCGCACCAACAUUAACCUGGGCAUCCUGCUGAUUGAGUUCUUUGGGCUCUACGGUCGGGAAUUCAACUACAUGAAAACGGGCAUCCGAGUGAGGAGCGAGGGAGCUUACCUCUCCAAGGAAGAUAUGCUGAAGGCCAUGGGCCAUGGCAACCGGCCAUCCAUGCUCUGCAUAGAAGAUCCUGUACAGCCAGGGAACGACGUGGGCAGGAGUUCCUACGGAGUCCUGCAAGUCAAGCAGGUCUUUGAUUUCGCUUAUAUGGUUUUGAGCCACGGCGUAUCUCAUCUGUGCGCAUAUCCCAACAAAGACUACGACAGCACUUUAGGUCGAAUCGUGAAAGUCACCCCAGAGGUGCUGGCCUACAGGGAAUGGGUAAUCAACAAGUGGAGAGCCAAGCAGUGCGCCACGCUGGAAAACAACGAUGUGGAGAGCUGUGAGCAGGAGCUCGGCAGAAUGAUGCUGAUCGAGGAUCAAAGGGAUUCCCCCUCUCCCUCCAGCUCAGACUCUCCUUCACAUUCUCCAGUGUUUCCUCCCAGCCCUCAGCACCAUUCAUCGUCUUCCUCAGCAUGCUCACUUUCUUCUUCCUCCUCCUCCGGAAGCGACAUUGAGUCUGACUCUCCAAAAAGCAGCCACGGUUCUAUCCAGCUCCACCCUCUCACCUUGGCUUCGAUCCAUUCGGUGAUCCAGAUGGCUGCUGACCUCGGGGCCACACAUCCGGCGAGCUUCAUCCACACAACGCAUCAGAUCUCUCUCCCAGAAAGCCUCACCAUCCCUCCUUCCGACUGCCAGUUCUACCACGAGAACCCUCCCGCCCUCGGCAUCGUGCACCGUCACACCACCCAAGCCACGCAAUUCCCCCAGCAGACUAAGCCCACAAGCCCUCUCCUCGCCCACCUCCACCACUCUCAGGUAGGAGGGCUGCUGCGCCACCCCUACGCCCAGAGGUCCUACUCCCAAGGCUCCCUGGAGCCGCACAACUUUGGCUCCAAGCACAACCAGGCCGGCGGCUACCAGUGCCAUAAUCCCCCUCCGGGCAACUUCGGUCUGCAGCACAGGCUGGUUCACCCGGCCCACAACACGGGGUCAUGUUUCAGAAACCAGCACCAGUACAACCGCAACACGUGGCGACGCAGGAAGAAGGACGUGGGUCCAGCUCUGAAUCAGAGCCAAUGAAAGAAGCCAGUGGUAGCACACAUUCUGUUGCUGGAGGGGUCUUUUUUUUUUUUUUUAAAGCGCAUCUGCACUUGUUCUACAAUUCACGAGUUGCUAGAAAGUGCUUCCCAUUGCUUGCUAGGACCAUGCAAAGAACUCCGAAGGUCUUACCCGUGCUCAUGUUGUUCCAUCAGUCUGAGGUCAGCGCUCCUCCCACCAGCAUAAACGCAGCUGCUGAAUUGGUGACCACCAGACCGGGCUCGCCUCAGCGCCGCCCUCUCCAGACUACAGUGCUUUUUAAGUAGGUAGUAUCCAUGCAACUUGAACAUCAUGUGCCAUAGUACUGUUGUGGUUCAUCAAGCCUGACACUUCUUGAACUUUUUUGAUUCUCAAGGAGCCUCUUCUUUUUUUUUUUUUUUAUCAUUAGGCUUCUGUCUUCUGAAUGUGUUUCCCCUCUUUAGCUCCAAUUCUUAAGAGCUCUUGAAAGCUCGGCGUAUCUUCUACAAACUGCACUCUGGACUAAAGCGAAGCACUACGAUUUCCUUCUACCUAUGCAGCGCAACGCUGACAAUGUUUUUGAUGUGACGGCACAAAACGGAUAUUGUCUCGAGUGCUUACACUGUGAGGACUGGUCUGAAUGUACUCUUUUUGUCUGUGUGUUUGAGAGUUGGUCAUAAACUUACAUAUUUU